GGCAGAGGUGCAACUACAGCUGGUUUCGUCCAUUUGGGGAACAUGCAGAAAGCUCCACCUAGUGAUCGUUUCCCACGAAGGGCGUGGACGCGUAAAGCGAUCGGGGUCGACCUCCGGGAGGCUGCUACAGAAAAGGUGGCGUCAUUCUCACGUGUGAAGAAAAGCGCAGCGAGAGGAGCUGGGCCCGUCAUUCGGAGCGGAUGGAGCAUCUUAAGAGUUUCCAGGUGUUCGUGGCGCUGCUCGGCCUCGCCGCCGCCCAGAACCUCACACACAGUGUGGAGCUUCCUGCGUCCUACCUGCUGCUGCUCCCCAGAGUCCUUCAAGCGGGACAUCCGACGUCUUUGUCUGUCAGCAUCCUGACGUCUUCGGCGGUCACGGUGAUGGCUCGCAUCGUCCACGCCGACCAGGAGAUGGCCACGCAAACGCUGGACGUGGGAGGAGGAUCCACCCAGCUUCUGACUCUUCCACCUGUCAGCGUUGACAAGUCAAGCUUCCGCCAAGCCUGCAUCCUGGAGGUCACAGGUUACGCGGGCAGACAGCAUGUUUUCGCCAACAAAACACGUUUGUACUUUGAGCCCCGAGGCUGCAUGACCUUCAUCCACACGGACAAGGACGUGUACCGUGCGGGUCAGCUGGUCAGGAUCCGGGUCGUGACCCUUCAGGACGCCAUGAAACCCUGCAACAGCUCGUUGGACAUCCUGGUCAAAGACCCGCGGGGGAACCUGCUCAGGCAGUGGCGCGCUGCACAGGCAGUCCUGGGGGUUCUUUCCAGAGAGUUCCGUCUAUCCGAGGAGCCUCCGCUGGGCCAGUGGACCAUCUCUGCGCUGGUGGACGGGGACGCAACUCGCAAACAUGUGCAUGUGGAUCGCUAUGCCAUGCCAAAGUUCCAAGUCACGAUGGACCUUCCGGACGUGCUCCAUUGGGAAGACACGCUGUGGGGUACCAUCACAGCCAGGUACAAGUAUGGACAACCUGUGAGAGGACACAUCAACAUCACUGUGCUGGAUCACUAUUAUGGAAUUGAAGAAAUCUAUGAUGAACACAGACAGAUUGACGGCAGCGUCGACUUCAAUUUCACUCUUCCCGACAUCUACGCGAGGAGCGGCAGCGGAUCUUCUGCCAGGAUGUACGACGAACAACAAUUCCUGAAGGUCGUCGCCCAUGUGACCGAACGCCAGACAGGCGUCACCGUGGACGCAGAGGCCCGCGUGUGUUUGGUCGAGCACAUGUACAAAAUUGAGUUUACGGACUAUCCCAAAAUUCUGAAGCCUUCGAUGAGCUUCACUGCAACAGUUCACGUGUGCAAAUCCAACAAGCAGCCAUUGUCAGACGAGGACACGAAGAAGACACUCAGAGUGUACGUCGUGCAACAAGUACAAACUCCGCGGGACAAGUGGACGCGCACGACGCACAACGAGUCGGGACCGUGGCAUCCCUCUCCCGACGAGAUGGCGUCUCAGGACAUGGAGUUUCCCAUCCCUGCCGAUGGAGUGGUGUUCAUCCACUUCCUGCUCGUGAACCACACCCGAGUGCUCACCGUUGAUGCCUCAGUGGAAGACUGCUACCAGACGCUCCAGCUCUACUCCACUUACAAGUCUCCCAGUCACUCGUACGUCCAGAUCCAAAGCGGCUCGGACGCCGCCGAGGUGGGCUUCCCAUUCAUGCUGUAUGUUGAUGCCACUUUUCCCGUGACUGGAAUUCACUACGUGGUGAAGUCUGGAGGUGUGAUUGUUUCUGCCGGUAAAGGUUCUCGUCAGUUAACUUUGGUUCCGGAAGCGUCCUGGACUCCGAUGAUCUCCGUGGUCGUCUUCCUGGUACGAGAAGACGGAGAGGUGGUCAACGACGUGGUCUGCCUGGCUGUCCAUCCCUUCCUCCGCAAUCAGGUGUCGGUGAGCUGGAGCGAGCCGGAGAGCAGACCGGGCAGCGAGGUGACGCUCAGAGUGUCCGCGGCCGAAGCAGGCUCUUUGGUGGGGAUCCUGGUGCAGGACAAGGUGCGGCGGUGGAACGAGCCACACCUUGACAUCACAAAGGAGAUGAUGGCGCUGCGAGGGAAAGACAAGCACCAAUAUCCCGAGCACAGGGGAAUGGGAGAUCCGCUCUCAGUCUUCACGUCGUGUCAACUCAUUGUUUUGACUGACGCGUCGCUCCAUGCGACCGAUCCCUGGGUGGCAGCAAAACAAGAGGAGGACUCCUUCCUGUCCCAGGAUGAGGAGCACAGGUGGGAGUCAGUGGAUUGUCCUACGGAGACGUGGAUAUGGACGGAAACGUUCACAGAUGAUUCAAGGUCAGCGGAGUUGAGGGUGACGGUCCCAGACAGCAUCACCACCUGGACGGCCACCGCCUUUGUCAUGUCCAACACGCUUGGCCUCGGCGUUGUCCGGAAGCCCGCCCAGCUCAGUGUCUCCAAGGAGCUCCUCCUGUCCGUCCACCUGCCACCGGUCGUCACUCGUGGCGAGGAGAUCGUGCUGGAGGUCCUCCUCUUCAACAACCGCUAUGACGACCUGCAGGUGAUGGUGCUCGUCGUUCAGAACGACACCUUCGAGUUCAUCUUACCGGACAUUUCGCAGCUGGCGGCGCCCAGUGCGCGGCGGGUGUCGCUGGGCGGAAAGAGCGCCGCCUCUGUCCUGUUUCCCAUCAGGCCGCUGGUCCUUGGCGACGUCAGCGUGACGGUGAUGAGCAAGUCCUACGUGGGCGUGGACGUCACCCGAGGGAGCUUCCUUGUCAAGGCUGAAGGGUUGGAGCAGUCGUUCUCCACAUCGCUGCUGCUGGACGUUUCGUUUCGCCUCUCUAACGUGAUGACGUUCAUGUUCCCUGACGGUGUGGUGGCGGGAAGCAGGAGUGCCUGGGUGACGCUGGUCGGUGACAUCCUGGGGCCAUCUAUCCAGGGCCUGGGCUCUCUGAUCCAGAUGCCGUUCGGCUGCGGCGAGCAGAACAUGAUCCACUUUGCUCCAAACAUCUAUGUGUUGCUCUACCUGAACGCCACCGGGCAGGACCACCAGGAGGUCCGAGACAUGGCCGUGACCUACAUGGUGUCAGGUUACGAGCGAGAGUUGUCCUACCAGCGAGCAGACGGAUCCUUCAGUGCCUUUGGAGAGAGGGACCAUUCUGGAAGCACUUGGCUGACCGCCUUCGUGCUGAGAUGUUUCCUCCAGGCGCGACCGUUCAUAAGCAUCGACGAGCACGUUGUGAGGGGGGCGGCGUCCUGGCUGCGCGGCCGGCAGGGGGCUGACGGCGUCUACGAGGAGCCGGGACGCGUCAUCCACACGGAACUCCAAGGAGGUCUGGACGGGCCCGUGUCUCUGACGGCGUACGUCCUCAUCGCGCUGCUGGAGGAUCCCAACAUCAGGACUCAGUACGCCAGCCAGGUGGCGGCGGCGCUGAUGUUCCUGGAGACGCGACUCGUUACGGGCCACGUACACACAAACUACAGCCUCAGCUUAGUCUCAUACGUGCUGGCCAUUGACGGCAGCCCCAACGCCCACACCGCGCUCGACCAGCUGAUUGGACGAGCUGACAUGAUGGACGGCGUCCCCACGUGGACGUCGCCCGCCGCCGGUCUGGCGUCGUCAUGGCAACCCAGCUCGGCCGACAUCGAGACGGCGUCCUACGCUCUGCUGAGCUUGCACAAGCUGGGCCGCCUGGCCGAGGGCGUCGGCCUGGCGAAGUGGCUCGGACGCCAGCGCAACCCCGCGGGAGGAUUCGGGAGCACUCAGGACACAGUGGUGGCACUGCAGGCCUUGUCCACGGUUGCCGUGUUGUUUCACCAUCACGACGUCAACCUGAGUGUCAGCGUGAACGACAGCGUCUUCCACGUCAACGCCUACAACCGGCGCCUCCUACAGACGCAGCGGGUGGAGCUGAAGGACCAAAUCUACCUGCAGGUGGCGGCGGAGGGUCAAGGCCUCGCUCUUCUUCAGCUGAACGUGAUGUACAACGUGAGGACGGAUGAGCCGAGUCGCCGUCGACGAGACGCCGACUCCCACGAAGCGUUCGACGUGCACGUGCGACUCUUUGACGAGGGCCAGGACUCACGUGCGCAUCUGGACGUGUGCUGCAAUCUGACGAGGGGCCCGAACGCGACGGGCAUGGCCCUGGCGGAGGUCGGGCUGCUGAGCGGCUUCAGCCUGCGGCCCGACGCCGUCCGGCUCGACGACGUCGUUAAGAAGGUGGAGGCGCAGCCGGGGAAAGUCGUCGUCUACCUCGACUCGAUUACAACGGAAGCGGUUUGUGUGCGACUUCCUCUGCUGGUGGAGUUCAAGGUCGGCAAAGUCCGGGAAGCCGUCGUGCUCGUCUACGACUACUACGAGCCACGCCGUCGUAGCGUGCGGACGUACGGUCCCGGAUGGCGCGGCGACGUGGACUCGUGCUUGUUUUGCGGCGACGGUUGUCGUCAGUGCACGAGCGACAAUGAUUGGAUAGAAGCCAGCUCCGCCUUCAGCUUCAGGCUCCGCCCCCUGCACGCUCUUGCUCUCCUCGUCUUCAUGACGACGAUGCACCAACUGUGAUGACAUCAUCGUCAUCAUCUGGUCAACAUUUAGUGUCUUUCAAUCAUUUAAUCAAUAAAGUAAUAAAUCAUUUGUGGCAAAACAUAAACAGCACAAAAAGUAAGGACAUUUGUGUUGGAUAGCUUAUUUGUUUGUUGUAACAGUUCUUCUUGGCAAUAAAUAUUUUUGUGU